GAAUCCACAGACGACAACAAAAAAGGAUGGAAGAAUUGGGCACUGACAAAACUCACCGUGGUAAGUUGAGGUGAGUCGUCACAGCCAUUCGUAGCGAGUUUCCGGCAAAACUCGCCGCCAUAACCGCCGAUCACAAUGGAGAAAUCCUUAGCGGAGCUGGAGCGAGUCCAAACCAACCUUCUGCACCGCAUAUCAAAACUCGAGUAUUCCCUUCUUCCAUUAUCUCCUUCACCAAACGACACCGUUUUCCCCCUCGUUGACGACACCGACACCGUGACUCGCCUCUCCUCCAUUUUGCGCCACAACGCCGUCGACGACUUCUCCUUCAAAAGAGUCCCUCCCGGUUACUACGAUUGGCCCCUCGAAGCCCGUCGCGAUGCCCUCUCCGCCGCGUCCGUUGACCAUCUCUGCAAAAGCAUCGUUCUCGUUAACACGCAAGCGCCCUCCACAGUCGUCGAUUGCAGUGAUCGCAACAAUUCCAAGUACUAUGUGGUUGUUGUUCAGUACACUGCUCGCUUCAAUGCCGAGGCUGUGAAAAAUUUUCUGUAUUCGCUCAACAAAGGAAGUAUAGCGAAAAAGAAAUUCAACUUGAGGCUAGCUCCUGAGGAGAUAUCAGCGGAGUUAACUGGAUAUGGGCACAAUGCAGUGACUUGUAUUGGCAUGAAAACAGACAUUCCGGUGAUUUUGGAUGAAGCUAUUAUAAAGCUAACUCCAGAUUUCUUUUGGUUGGGUGGUGGUGAGGUUGAUCUGAAGCUAGGGAUCCGGACAUCUCAAUUAAUCAAAUUUGUCAACCCAUUCAUUGUCAACUGUAGCGGUAGUUGAUUUUUGUUGAACAGAAAGUGGUCACGAUAAUUGAGUUUGGGUGGAAAGUUUCCAUUUCCAGCUUUCCAUUGUUGAUUUUGUUAGAUUUGAAUUAUUGCCCCUUCAGGAAGAUAUUUAUUUUAAAUAGCUGAGUUUUGUGGUUUACUUAUCAUUAUAAUUUACAGAGAUUUGAGUGCAACCGGCAUCAUAGAUUCAUAC